AUCUCUCAUCCGACAUUGAUUCAAGCAACAAAAUGCAUCAUGCUUAGAAGGCGUGUACGAAAUUGUAUACACCUAAUCGAUAUCAGAUCAUAUAUACUAGACUAGAGAACAGAGAUGCCGAGGGAAUAUACCCGUCGCCAAUGCCUGUAAAGAUUACGUUUUUGUCGCAAUUUCGCUCUCCCUGACGUGAAUCGCCGGGCUGCUGGUCGGCGAUGAUGACUUUUGCUGCCGGAAAUGAGGCGGUGGCUGUGAAGGGGCCGGGGGAGGACCGUAAUGGGGUCUAUUAUAUGAAAUUGAGGGACGAUGAAUUGGAGGAGAGUUGCGGGGAUUCCAUCGGCGGGGGUGCGCCUACGUCUUCGUCUUCGGAUGCGGUGGAGGUGGACUGUGAGGUCCGUGGGCGGUGGUGGUGGUCUUUGUGGUGGUGGGCCAAGCUGCUCCUCUUGCUUAUCUUUGUUGGGGUUCUGGCUGCCGUUUUCCUCAUAUGGGUCGGACCCUUCUUCAUGGACAAGGAAAUCAUCCCCAUAAUAAAUUGGGAGAUGAAAACGUUCAGCACACCAGUGCUUGCAGUUCUAGUAUUUUCUUCAGUAGCACUUUUUCCAUCCUUGCUUUUGCCAUCUACACCCUCCAUGUGGGCAGCAGGGAUGACUUUUGGAUAUGGGUAUGGAUUUCUGCUAAUUAUAGGAGGUGCAGCUAUUGGAGUAUCGCUUCCAUAUUUCAUUGGCUACAUUUUCCGCCACAGAAUCCAAGGGUUUAUAGAAAGGUACCCGAAGAAUGCUUCAAUGAUCAAACUAGCAGGAGAAGGGGAUUGUUUUAGUCAAUUUCGAGCUGUAGCUUUGAUCAGAAUAUCUCCAUUUCCUUACAUAGUUUAUAAUUACUGUGCAACUGCUACUGGAGUCAAGUAUGUUCCUUAUUUGUUGGGUUCUCUGGUAGGCAUGUUGCCAGAGAUAUUCGUUGCUAUUUAUACUGGCAUCCUGAUAAAGACAUUGGCGAAUGCUUCACAUGACGAACGUUCCCUGUCAGCUACGCAAAUCAUUUUCAAUGUCUUCGGGUUUUGUCUUACGGUGGCCACCACUGUAUUAAUAACUGUUUAUGCAAAAAGGCGGCUCAAGCAAUUGCAAGAGGAUGAGGAACUGCUGCCCUAAUGAACUUCUGGUGCUAUAUUGUCCGUUAUUAUUUGGUCUAAAGAUGGGAUUUGAGUUUUUUCUGGAGAUCUCGUCGCAAAGAAUGUUCCACGGAGUCCUUGGCAAUUACUCAUAUUAGAGGUGUGUAAAAGAAGUUCAGAUCAAACCAUACUAACGGAGGGUAACAUUCUCUUUCUGCCAGUUCGUAUAAAAGAAAAUAGGAUCUGACCCCCCUCCCUGUAAGAUAACUUGCUUUGGAUUGUUCCUCCCCCGCUUCUCUGUGAUCUCGUUGUACAUGGUUGCAAUCCACUGCAUUUGAUAGUGAAAUGAAGUCUCCU